AUGGCUGACUAUCUUUUUCCGCGCAAACCCUGGGGCCCGGAGCAGAUGUGUCCUGACUCUGAUCCUGAAUCCGAAGGCCUGUUUGACAAGCCUCCCCCGGAAGAGUCCCCAGCUGCCCGCGCGCCCAAGUCGGCGGGCAAGAAAGCUGGUCGGCGCGCUGGAGGGAAGGCGCAGGGAGCCCGCGCUGGGCAGCCCCACAAGGUUGCCCCGCGCUCCCUGCCGGAGGAGGAGGCGCCUCCACUGGAUGAGGGCUGCUAUCUCGACCAUUUCCCGCACCUGUCCAUCUUUAUCUACGCGGCCAUCGCCUUCUCCAUCACCUCCUGCAUCUUUACCUACAUCCAUUUACAGCUGGCCUAA